AUGCCUUUCGACCGCACGAACUGGCACCCUCACGCUCUCGGCUCCUCCGCAUCUGUUCCCGAAAUCUCCACAUGGCAUCCCGGGAAUCAUGGGAUCGGCGCUAAUGCCGCCUCGAACAGCCGGUUCGCCUCGUACGCACUCAAUCCGGUGUAUGAAGGCUCAGCUCCUGCCCGAACCAGGCCAGGCUCGGGCCGAACCUGGAGCCUCAUGGAGGAGGUGGAAGGGUCGGAGGACGACCCGGAACACGUGUCCGGCGGUGGUUCGUGGGACAGCGGGCGGAGAGCGCGACCAUCUUAUAGCAGUGGGUUGACAGUAGAGGGUAGAACUACAGGCGGAGCAGCAAUGGGGUAUGCCGGAGGGGUGGAGUACGGUGCGAGGAGCAGCAGUUGCGGUCAGCUGCCAGGGGUAGAGGAAUCGACGCCUUUGGAUAGUCACAAAGGCAACAGCAACAACUUUACCAACAAAAUUAUCAACGGCGGAAACAGCAGCAGCAAUGCUCAAUAUGGCCAUACAGGAUUUGUGUUCACGGCCAGUCGGCCAGAAGAGCACGCAGGGUUAGGGCCUCGUGCGGGGCUUGCGAGCAAUGCGCAUGGACGACAGGCUAAAGGGUGGGGUCCCAGCUCGUUAGGCAGCGCAGCAGCAGCAGCAGGAGCAGGAGGAGCAGGAGGAGGGCCGGGGCGGGGAGCGGGCGAGGCGAGGUCUCUGCCUCUCCGGUGGGCGGGGGACGGGCUCUUAGAGACGGUCCGCGAGCAUGAGAGUUUUGUGCACAGGCCCACAGUCGGCGCGGCCGUUGCUGAAGCUGCUGACGCCAAGGCUGGUAACGCCGAGGCGGAGAGGCCCUGGUUUCCUGGCGCAUCCGGAGAGACCAUACCUGAAGAAAGCGGGGGUGCGUUUCCUGGACCACCUCCUCCUAUGAGUGUAGGGCCGUAUUUGGCGCAAAGCGGGGGGUUGUUUUCGGGUCUUUUGGUGCAGGAGCAGCAGCGGUGGGCGCUUCCGGAUUCGGAGAUGGGAUGGGGGGACGCGGGUGGCGCUCGGGUAGAGGAAGCGGGGCGGGCAGGAGGCGGAAGAGGGGAGAACGGGGCGGGGGUAAGGGAUGACGGGGCAGACGUGGAGUUCGCUGAUUGGCUGAUGGUUCCUGGGGAAGGGGAAGAGGAGAUUCCGGGUGACUUAUUAGGCGGAGGGGGAGGUCAGUGUGGGCCUAAUACCCGUGUGGCAGACGGUCAUGGAGAUGGGCUAGUAGGGGAUGCUGUUGAUGCUCGUCAUGCUGGUGCUGUUUCUGCUGGUGAUGCUUCUAUCGGGGAUGUUUCUGGUGGUGCUGUUUCUGGUGGUGCUGUUUCUGGUGGUGCUGUUUCUGGCGUUGCGGAGUGCACAGCAGAGGGAGCGCGAGGACAGGGAGACGGCUUCAGCAUGCACAACGGGGAAGCUUGUAUGGGGGAUAGAGGGUCGACUCAGGAUGGGGAGGGAGCAUUAGGGCGCGAGGGGGGCGGGGAGUGGACGGUGGAGCGAGAAGGAGAGGAGGGAGACGUGCUGUCGGAGCGCCCUAGUCUGCCUGACGACCUCGCCUGGUGCUCCUGGCCGGGCUGUGAAGACAUGGCCACUGCUCGUCGCCCUGCUCACGCCCCACCUCGUGCUUCUGCGCACACUCUCUUGCAUGACUUCUCGCGAGCAGCAGCACGAGCGGACGCAGGAGCGGAAGCAGCAGGAGCAGGUACUGGAGUGUCAGGUGGUGGCGUUGGUGCCGCCGCUGCUGCUGCUGCUGCUGCUGCUGCUGCUGCUGCUGCUGGUGGUGGUAUGUCAUCUGGCGUGGACGGGGGUCCGGCCCCGCUGUGUCGCGGACACCAGGCGCUCACGUUAGACAAGCGAGUGCGGGGGGGUUGCCUGAUGAGCGUGCUCCAGUCGCGCGCAGCUGCGGAGGAGCUGGCUCAAGCAGGCCACGAGGAGGGGAACUUUGCUAAUGAUAAUGGUGAUGGUGAUGAUGACGACGAUGAUGGUGAUGAUGGUGAUGAUGAUGUGGCUGAUGGUGGUGCUGACGUGGCAGCCCUGGAGCUCAAUACGGACACAGAUGCGGAUUUCAGCGCCUUUGCUGGCCCGUUUGCGUCCGGCCCCUUCGCUGCUAGUCCGUUUGUGAGUGGUUUCAAUGGGUUUGGCGGGUUCGGCCACCCCUCUGGUGGACACCUUGAAGGGCACGUGCUAUUCGAGGAGGCCCCAUUUGACCUCGACUUUGCUGCCUUCUGGGGGUUUGGCACAGCGCCUGAGGACGCGGCUGGGGUGACUGCAGCGGGUGAGACAGUAGCGAGUUUUCCAGGGGCGGAGGGAGCAGUAGCGGAAGCAGCAGAGGCUGGAGAGAAGAGCAGGGGGGCGGAACCUUUAGAUGGAGUGAGGGAGGUGGAAGCAGAGGGAGCCGUUGCAGGGACAGCAGGGGGGGAUGGAGAUGGGGCAGCGGAAGGGCAAGGGCAAGGGGAAGGGCAAGGGGAAGGGGAAGGGGAAGGGGAAGGGGAGGGGGAAGGGGAGGGGGAAGGGGAGAACGAGGAGGCUAUGGACUGUGAUAUGAUGUUCAUGUCAUGGGGUAUGCCGCACAUGCCCCCUCCUCAGCAGCCCAAAGCUCCACCCCAGCAGAACAAGCCUCUAGGUGCCGGGGUUAAGCUGGGAUUUCAGCAGCCCAGUGGGGUCAAAUCCGCUCAGGAGAAAGCGCAGGUUGAGAAGCAGGUUAAGGCAGAGCAGACUCAGGGCCAGGUCAAUCAGGCGCAGGUGCUGUCAAGGGCCCCACAGGUGGAUAUUCAGGUGUCAGCGCAGGUGCCCGAUCCAGCUGCUGGGACUCUCGCUGCUGCCAAUGCUGCUGCUGCUGCUGCUGGUAACGCUGCUGCUGCUGCUGUUGCUACUGCUGGUGCCGGUGGCAGCUGUGUGGGCGCUGCACCUAGUGCUGCUGAGCAGCCCCUGAAGCAGGAUCAGCCAGGAAAGCCAAACCGGCUUGCUGCUCGAGGACCCUUCCGUUGUCCUCCAUAUCCCCUAUCUUCACCUGAGCUUGUUUCUCGCCUCUGCUGUUUCGUUACCUUGUCACCUCGUGUGUCACCCCCUUUUUCUUUCCUCCCUUCCAUCCCCUCUCUGCUUCAGAUAUUUUAUCAUGAAAAAGAACAGCUCAGUCUGCCACUGAGCCUCGCCCUUCAACCAGCAGUCCCAUGCCCUCCCCUUCCAAUUAUAUCCCAACACAAAAGAGAGCCGCUAUGUCGUCUGCCACUGAGCCUCGCCCUUCAACCAGCAGUCCCAUGCCCUCCCCUUCCAACUGUUCUCACACUCCCCUCAUAUAUCCCAACGCGAAAGAGGGCAGCCAUGCCAUCAGCCAUCUCUGAGCCUCGCCCUUCAACAAGCAGUCCCAUGCCGUCCCCUUCCAACUGCUCCCACACCCCCCUCCUCCCUUCCCACUCCUUGGGCACCCUCCCCCCCUCACGCACCUCCCCACCUCUGCACCGCUCUACAUCCGCCUCCACCCCUCACCUGGCAGCCUCAGCCGCACUGACUGUCAGCGGCCCCCUGAAAAGAACCGCCACUCACGCCGGCCCGUCUUCUGCCCGCGUUAUACCCUCUAAAAGGCUCUCCGGGUCGCGUUAUAAGGGCCCGGGUCGAGCUUCAGCUGCGUUUGCUGCUGCGCCGGGGAAUCCAUUUGGCGUGUCUCCAUCCCCUCCUGGAAAAUCCAGUGUGUUCUCCCAUCUGUCCACGUCAGCACCGCCUGCCACGGCUUUCCCACCGCACAUGUAUACGAUGUCGUCUGUAGCGCAUCCGUCUGUAGCACAUCCGUCCUUAGCGCAUCAGUCCUUAGCGAAUCACACUCUUGGCGUGAGCAUGGGCAUGGGCAUGGGGAGUGUUAGUGCCACACACCAUGGGGCUUAUGGCGCUGCUGCUGGCGGUUAUGCCACUUCAGGAGGUUAUUCAGCUGCUGGAGCUGCUGCUGCUGCUGCUGCUGCUGCUGCUGCUGCUGCUGCUGGCGCUGCUAGUGCUGGUGCAAUUGCUGCUGCUGGCGGGUACAAUUCACAUAUGGCCCUGCGCAGACAUCCCCAUGCGCCUUCUAGCUUCCACGGCUUGUCAUAUCUCGCCCACUCGCCCCCAACCACUGCCCACUCCUUCCUCUCCCACUCGCCUCCCACACCACACUCCCUCCACCACCACCACUACCACCCGAGCCACUCCCUGCCUUCCAUUCAUAACGAGCAAAUGCAAGGGAUGCUACAGGAAAAGGGCCGUCGAAUCCGCCCCCGUGCCGACCCAGCUGCCACUAUCGGGUUUGCUUGUAAAGGGGCUGUUUCCGCGCCCGGGCCUGCUGCUUCCGAGGCAGAUGUGGGAGGUUCGGCUGCUGCUGCAGCUGCACAUUCGGCGGGCGAGGGGGUGUGCCCUAAGGGGCUUGGCACUCGAAUCAACUCGUCUGCUAGUCUCUGUACUGGCGGGGCCUCUCUGCCUAAGGACAAGGGGAAUGGUAGACUCGGGGAAGGUGGAAUAGGGGGAGGUGGGUUAGGGAAACGGGAUGGAAUGGAUGUGAUGCAUGGAGGAGAAACAGCAGUGGGAGAGGAGAGGGCUGGUAAAGAGGCAGCAGAUACUGCUGCAGAAAAUGCAGCAGCUAAUGCACUAGCAGCAACUGGCGAUAUGAACCGUAUUCCACCAAUGGUGCUCGUACCUCCAUCCAUGCGUGGUGGUGAAGAGGCUUGUAUGGAGGAUGCGUCAGGAGCAGCUGGGAGCGUUGGUGUUGCUGUCAGUAGUGGUACAAGUAUGCAGGUAGAGGGAGGGGUGGAGACGGGGAAGGGGAGUGAAGAGGCAGAACAAAGGGCAGCGACAGCAGCUGGUGGUGCUGGGAGCGGUGAUGCUGCUGCUGUCAGUAGUGCUGUGAGUCCCUACGGCUUCCCUUCGUCUGCUAGCGUGACCCCUGGAGCAGGUUUCCUUCCAGGGUCUCUAGGAGCAGCAGGGGGGAUGUCAGGAGGAUUUUCAGGUGGCCAGCCAGGUGUUUUCUCAGGUGGUUUCUUCCAUGGGGGGGUUCCUGGGUCUGUUGCAGGACCUGAGCGCAUGCACCUGAUGAUGGCUGGUGGGCCUGGAGCCGUACGCCAGAUUUCUCCUGGGAUGGGUCCGGUGGUCGGCCAGGUGCCCACAACAAUGGUCCAGGUGCCAGGCGGAAUGAUAUCUGGGGUUUCACCUGGUGCCACCCCUUCCCUGCAUCAAACACACCCUAUGCACCACCUGUACCACCCACACAUCCCACACCAUCCUCAGCACCACAUGGUGGGAUUUGCACCAGCAGGUGCAGCAGGGGUGUCAGGCGGGAGAAUGGGCAUGUAUGGGAUGGGAGGGGGCAGCAUGAGUGUUAGCAUGAGCAGUGGGGGCAGCAGCACUGCGAGUGGGGCAGGAACGGGUGUAAUGGCAGGUACAGGGGGACAGGCAGGGGGUGCAGGAGCAGGAGGGGUGGGAGGAGGGGCAGGAGGAGGGGGAGGAGUGGGAGUGGGAGGAGUGGGAGGAGUGGGGGCAGGGGGCGUGAGUGCUGAGCUUAUAGUGAAGAGGAAGAGGGGGCGGCAGAAGAAAGUGCCGUCUAAAAUCGGCCCCUGUGGUGCCACCACUAAUCUGCGUCCCCUCGCUCCUAGAAACGCUGCUGCUGCUGCCACUGCAUCCGCUGCUGGUGCGGCUGGUGCUGGCAGUGGUGGUGGGUCUGCUGGUGCUGCUGCUGGGGGAAUUGGGGGAGGAGGAGUGGGGGGAGCAGGGGGAGCAGGAGGAGCAGGAGGGGUAGGAGGGGCAGGAGGGGCAGGGGUGGGGAUUGGGUAUGGAGCUGCUACAGCAGCUGCUACAGCCGCAGGAUUGGCUGUAGCAGGACCGACGUUACCUCCGGGUUCCUCAGCUCAAUUUGGCCUCCAAAGGAUGAUAAUGGUACCUGCUACUACAGCUCAGCCCACUCUAAUCCGCGUCCCGUCCCACCCGCAGCCCUCGUUUUUGUCACACUUGCCAGGAGCACACCCCUCACACCGCUACCCCAUGCCUGGGCACCCGCCCAUCCAUUUCAAUGGGGGCAUCAUGGGCGUGGGCAGUGCUGCUGCCCUGCCGCCCCAUACAGCCCAAAAAUAG